UACUACAAAAGUAACUGAAACACAUAUUUUUUAAAAAUGAGGCUAAUGAUGAACUUUUUGGAUGCCCUACGAAAGGUGCGACUUAAGUUGUCGGUGGGAAAUCUAGUAAACAGCAACCAGUUACCAAGAAGGUUGGCAGCACCUAGAAUUGAAGAUGGGGGAGCUAAGUCCAUGGAAGACGAGGAUCGGUUGAUCAACAAGUCCAAUGCGGAUCUCGACAAUAAAGAAGGGAAACAACCCGAACCGGAAAUGCUGUGGCAGAACAUCAAGAGAGUGCUGCUCAUGUGUGGUGGUCAAUCAAAACCAGGUGGCGUUGAGGAUAAGAAGCGGUUGAAGGACUCCAGGAGACUGGUGGAUGUACUGGAGGCCCAGCGGUUUGUUAGCGAGGUUUUCGCCGCCAUGGAGGUGCCCAAACAGGCGGCCAGCGAAAUGGCCGACGCCUUGAUAGCCGCCGACUACAUGGGCCAGCGUUCCAUGGGCAUCCAUCGGUUGCCAGCGAUUGCAGCGGAUCUUCUUAAUUGCACAGUGGCUGGCAAUGCCACGCCGGGAAUUGUGUCCGAAAAGAAGGCCAUCGCCUUGGUGGACGGCCACAAUGCUCCCGGUCCGGUGGUGGCCAACUUCUGCAUGGAUCUGGCCCUGCAAAAGGCCCGAGAGGUAGGAAUCGGUUGGGUUUCGGCUCGCAGCUCAAAUUGCAUCGGUUUUGCUUCCUGGUACGCCUGUCAAGCUCUGGAACAGCGAAUGAUUGGUCUGUGCAUGACCAACGGAGCUCCCACUCUGGUGCCUUCGGGCGGAGUUGAACCCAUUCUCGGCGAAAAUCCCAUCGCCUGUGCUGCUGCCGGUGUAAACGAACAGUUUCUGGCUGAUUUUGGCAUGGCCGCCUGCUCGCUGGAGGAACUGGAGCUCUCCUAUUGCAACGGCUGGUCGAGAGAAGUGCCGAAAUUAGUGGCUUUGGACAGGAACGGAAAGGAGACCAACUCGACGGAGGAGGCUUUGAGGGCCCAGAGAAUACGAGCCUUUCAGCCGGAGCACAAGGGUUUCGGUCUGGCUGCCAUGGUGGAUAUUUUGUGCGGUGUGAUGACAGGGGCUCGGUACGCAAAUCAAAUCCAGCGCCGCGGAGUCUAUAGUACAGAAAACGGGCCAGCGGAUCUGGGCCAAGUUUUUGUGGCCAUCGAUCCGAUGCGCUUUUGUCCCUCUUUUGAGGACCGAUUGGGCGAUUUUCACCGGCUAUUGAGACAGGCGAUGCCCAGCAAGGUGGGAAGACCAGCGUUGGUGCCCGGUGACAAGGAGAUGGAACACAUGGCGAUGGUCGACGAGCAGGGCGGACUAACAAUGUCACAGUGCACCCUUUGUGUCCUGGAGGAACUCGCCACAAAGUUUGGCAUUGCCCCUCUCAAGAUGAAGGGCAAAAAACCAGAACUACAGAUGCAAUAAUUCAAUUCAAGUCCCUUUUGUAAGUCAACCGCUCGUCAAAAUGUUUAACUUAAUUAGCAAACAGCAAGGAUAUUAUUUGAUUUUUUUUUUUGAUUAUUUACCAAUUAAUAAUAAAAUAAAAAAAUUCAAAUGGUUAGUGAGAUAGCACAGGAUAAAAAAGUAGCUGAUAUUCAUGCUUUUUAUCCUGUGCUGUUUCACAAUCCCUCAAUAUGUUUUAUAAUUUUAUUCAAAAA